AGCUCAUCCAGUGAAAUGGCAUCGGACAGCGAGGUAAAAACCCUGCUGAACUUUGUCAACCUGGCCUCUAGUGACAUCAAGGCAGCCCUGGAUAAAUCUGCUCCCUGCCGUCGGUCGGUGGACCACAGGAAAUAUUUGCAGAAGCAGCUGAAGCGUUUUUCUCAGAAGUACUCGCGGGUGCCACGGUGCCACCCUGCCAAGCCCCCGGAAUGUGGCCCACGCCGUGGAGCAGAGGACAGGGCUCGCAGCUGCCAGCCUGAGGUGCCCGACCCUGGCCCCCUCAGUGCGGCUGCCACUGAGAAGAUGCUGCAGGCAGCCGAGGUGGAGGAGAGUCUGGCGGGUGAGCAGGCUGUGCCAGAGCAAAACCCUGAGGUCAACAGGCCAGACCAGGUGCCCAUGAGGAAACGACAGCUUCCUGCCUCCUUCUGGGAAGAACCGCGGCCGCCACAGAACCUCCCAGCCAGGGGCUUCCCCACGGGCCCCGAGGGGCUACCAGUCCCCAGGGACCCUCCUCCCUUCGAGGGGAAGAAAAGCAAGAGGAACCAAGACAGUAUUGGACCUGAGAGUCAUGAGCCUGCCCUGAAUGCAGGCGAGAAGGAUGCUGCUGGUGUACUCUCAGGCCGGGUGGGUGCCUGGACCUGCUGCCCCUUCCCCUGCCCUGGGCCAGCUGUUUACCAACCCGCAGGAACGCUGCCUCCAUCACCUUUCUCAGGGCUAGGGCUGUGGAGGAAGAGCGCUGCCACACUGCCAGCUGAAGCACAGCCCUUCUGCAAGGAGGCAGAGGGCACAGGGCAGAAACUCUACAGGCCUGUGGUUUUGAAACCCAUCCCUACCAAGCCUACCAUCCCCCCACCGAUUUUCAAUGUUUUUGGCUACCUUUAGCCAGAGGAAAGGGCCAGAGUGUGUGACACUGGACAGAAUAACCCCUUAGAGGGGGUUGAAACACUAGGUUGGGCAGUGGGCACAAGGAGCUGAUUGUGUGCGGAAGGAGCUUCCAUCCAGAGAUGGUGUUGGCCCCUGCACAGGCUGGAGUGAAUUAGUAACUGUACAGCCUCCAUUCUUCUCUUCCCAGGUAAAAAUCAGGAAUAAGCCCUAUGAAUCUGGUGGCAUGGCAUGUGUGGCAAAUCAGACCUUUUUUAUGGAAGCACAUUGUUGGAGCCAUGGCAAGCAGGGCUCUGGGCCACUUGCAAUGUUGUUGUAAUUGUAACACCUCGGAGAACCUCUUCCAUGUGGGAGCAUCUUCCCAGGUUGCCCUGCAGGCACAGCACUGAAAUGAAAUGAAUUAAACUCACUGAAACUGUU